AUGGCUCUGUACCUACCGGCUGAUUGUAUAAAAGAAACUUUUGAAUAUUUGGAAGAUAAGGAUUUGCGCUCGUGCUUGUUAGUGAACCGUCUUUGGUGUGAAGUGUCUGUUCGAAUUUUAUGGAGAGUCAUGCAAAAUUUUAAUACUUUAAUCGCUUGUCUUACUAAUAAAUCAAAAGCGAUUUUAUACAAGAAUGGGAUCAAAGUUUCUACCUCAAUUUCAAGAAGUCCAUUGUUUAAUUAUAUAAUUUUCAUCAAAAUGCUUGGGAUUAAUACUAUUAAUGAUGAAAUUACAGGAUUUUUGAAACAUCAACCUUCUACUUUACAAAAGCAUAAAAGUAUGGUAAUAAUAACACGGGAAAUACUUAAAAUGUUUAUGAAUCAAACCACUUUGAUUAUUUUACACUUCGAUUUUGGCUCAACCAACAUUCCAAAUAUUCCGUUUACUGCUUAUCCCGGAGGAAAGGAAUGUUUAAGUGAUCUUUCUGAAUUUUCGUGUAGUUCAGAUAUCUUUCCCGAAUUCUUUUGUCAAAUAUCUCGAAUUUGUCAUAAUUUACAAUCACUAAAAAUACUUUUUACCCGUUUCAUCUCAAAUGGAUUAGUAGAAUUAAUUUCUGUUCAAAAACAUUUAAAAACUUUCAUUAUCAUUUUAGAAAUAGGAGGAUUAAAGAACUUUGAAAAUCUUCAAUACGUUACCUUUCCACAAUUGCAAAUUUUAACAUUCGAACAUGAAAGUCCAGAUUAUAAACGACUGAUCAGACUGAUCAAUUUCUUGAAAAACAAUGGAAAGAAUUUAAAAGUACUUGGUCUUGGCAAAGAAAUAUAUUAUGGUAAUUCAUUUAUUUUAGAUAUAGUCAAUUUUUGUCCAAAUCUGAGGUCUUUACGCAUUACUUAUAAAGAUUUGUAUACACUAAAAUAUAUUUUGAUCGGUUAUGAGCAAUUAGAGAGCAUUGAUAUUUUGUGUUGUAAUGAUGAUUAUAUAUUAGAGCGUGAAUUAUUAGAGAUGAUUGUAGAAUAUUCACCUAAAAAUUUUCAUGAGAUAAAGAUAGAUAUGGGAUGUAACGUAGAUCUGGAUACGGCAUUUCAAUGGAAUUUGAAGUCUAUCUUUGAAUCCUGGGCGAAACGUGUGCCAUGUAUUCCGCUUUCUUUGACUAUUACUUCGAAUCUGGAAAGUGAAAUUAAAUUGCAGGAAAGUAAUGUCGAAUUACUUGAAAAGUUUAAAAAGUUUGGUGUUAUUAAAGAAUUUAAAAUAUUCAAUGAUAUGACCGAAGAUUGGCAUUGUUAA